CCCGCCCCGUGACGGCGGCAGUGCCGGGGACAGAGGAGGCGGGCCGCCGACGCGGCCACGGAAGCCGGGAGGAGACCACCGGAGGCGGCGGCGGCGGCGCACGGAGGGCGGGGGGGCAGCAGCAGCGCCAUGGUCUACAUCUCGAACGGACAAGUUUUAGACAGCCGGAAUCGGUCACUAUGGAGUUUAUCAUUCAUAACAGAUCUCUUUUGGGGAAUCGCUGACUUUGUGAUUAUGUUUUUCAAAAGCCUGCUUCAGCAAGAUGUAAAAAGAAGAGGCUAUGUGGGUACAUCUGAUUCCCGGUACGAUGAUGGAAGAGGGCCUCCGGGAAAUCCUCGCCGCAGAAUGGGCCGGAUAAAUCACAUGAAAGGCCCUAGUCCUCCUCCUAUGGCCGGUGGAUGAGGAAGGUAAAUGCCUGCUCUUGAGAAGCAGGCAAGAAGACACAGCCUCCCUUGGACUAAGGGAAAAAUUAUCAAGUGUUGACCUUGGAGCAAUGGAGGAGCUCUGUGUCUGAAGGAAGAUUGAUUGCUCUGUGUCUACACAGAUUAAUGAUGUUGUGCUGGGAACUCCCCCCGAGGGGAUCCAGUGUAACUGAUUGCAACUGUAUAAAUGCACAUGUUCACUAUCUCUCAUUUUGUAUAGUUUGUGAAAAGCCUAAUGUGGUCCUAAUAGUAAAUAUUUUCCGCUUGCAAAGUAUUGACUUUAUUCAGCCUUGUUUGAUAAUGUAUCAGUCCCCUGAGUUUGAGGGGCAAACCAUCACUACAAAGACAUUAAGUUUAUUUUUAAAGUUCAGGAAAGUCUUAAUUGUACCGUGGAUGGUCAUUAUUCUUUUUCUUAAAUAUGUUGCAUUGUUUGCUUUAGUUUAUAAAUAAAUCACAUGGCACUUUUCAGUUUCCUAGGUAAUA